AUGCGCCCUGGACUCGCAGAUUGCAUCGAACAGAUCGACGAUGCUCGAAAGACCGCGGUCAUAGACAGGGAACUCUCAAGGCUGGGCAUUGACAUCGCCUGCUUGCAAAAGACUCGUCUGGCUGACAGCGGUUCCAUCAGAGAGGCCUUCUUCUGGCAGGAUCUGCCUCAAGAUAACUCAAGGCAACACGGCGUACGCAUCGCCGUGAAGAACUCGCUGAUACCAGCCAUUGUACCACCAACUGGCGGAUCUGAGAGAAUCCUAGCACUGCGCCUCUUAACAUCUACGGGUUUCGCCAACGUCCUCUGCAUCUACGCGCCAAUGCUCUGCGCCACCCCAGAGCUCGACCUUGUCAUCAACAGGCGUGCAGACAUAAGGAGCGUUCUUCACACUCUGAGCUUCCACAGUGCAGACUGCGACACGGACCACUCCCUAGUAGGCUGUAAAGUGAGACUGACAGCCAAGAAAAUACACCGCUCCAAAACCAAGGGCUUCCCUCGCAUCAACACCUGUCGCGCCAAUGACCCUGAGAGUUCUCGCUGCUUCCAAACUACCUUUAGCGCGAAGGUCGACACAUCCUCCUUCAGUGCCACUGACAUCGACAGUAGAUGGCACCACCUCCGUGAUGUCAUAUACACCUCAGCCCUUACUGCGUUCGGGAAGAAGGAUCGUCUAAAUGCGGACUGGUACGAAGCUCACUGGGAUGAGAUGCAGCCGGCAUUUGAAGCCAAGAGACAAGCACUUCUGGCCUACAAGCAUAACACUUGCGUCAAUACCUGCGAUGCUCUCAGAGCGGCUCGCAGCAAGGCCCAAUAG